UCAUGGGGAUGGAAACAAAUAUCACAUAAAAGGGUCUGAAAAUUUUGGGGCCCAAACAGACAUCACAGUCACAUGCAAAUGGAAAGAGAUGUCCUCAUAGAAUGCGAACCUCAUACACAUCACAUGUAUCCUAUACCUUUCUGCCAUUCUUGGCCAUUAUAUACCCAAUGCCCCUCCAGAAAUAAACUAGCUCUAAAGCCAUUCAACCUAGCAACCAUGUUGUUUUGUUUCCCUUUUCCCCUGUCAUUAUCUUCUUCUCUUAGACUUUUGCUGGUAUUCUUGGUUCUAUGUGUAUUUCAAGUUGAUUUAGCUUCUGCUAGCACUAAUCCUCCGAAGAAAAUUGGUAAAGGCUACCGUUUGAUCUCCAUUGAAGAGGCUCCAAAUGGUGGCCUUGUGGGCCAGCUGCAAGUGAAGGAGAAAAAUAAUAUUUAUGGCCCUGAUAUUCCCCUCUUGCAGCUCUAUGUCAAGCACGAAACAGACAACCGUUUGAGGGUUCACAUUACUGACGCUGAAAAGCAAAGAUGGGAGGUUCCGUACGAUCUUUUGCCGAGGGAAAGUCCCCCUUCACUAAAACAAACAAUUGGUAGUUCAAGAAAGGGAGUGUACAAGCUCACAGCUGCAGAAUAUGCAGGAAAUGAGCUGAUUUUUGCAUACGAAUCAGACCCUUUUAGUUUUUCUGUAAAAAGAAAAUCAAAUGGCGAGACCCUUUUUGAUACCAGCUCUGAGGAUUCAGACCCUUACAGUGAUUUGGUAUUUAAAGACCAAUACCUUGAGAUUUCCACUAAACUGCCCAAAGAUGCUUCUUUGUAUGGUCUGGGAGAGAACACUCAGCCCCAUGGGAUUAAACUUUACCCCAACGAUCCUUACACUUUGUACACCACUGAUAUAUCAGCCAUUAACCUUAAUGCUGAUCUGUAUGGGUCACACCCUGUGUACAUGGACUUGAGAAAUGUCAAAGGGAAGCCCUCUGCCCACGCAGUCUUGCUGCUGAACAGCAAUGGGAUGGAUGUUUUUUACAGAGGGAAUUCUUUGACAUAUAAAGUGAUUGGGGGUGUUUUUGACCUUUACUUCUUCUCUGGUCCUUCACCUUUGGCUGUUGUUGAUCAGUAUACUGCCUUCAUAGGCCGUCCAGCUCCAAUGCCAUACUGGGCUUUUGGAUUCCAUCAAUGCAGAUGGGGUUACCAUAAUUUAUCAGUAGUUGAAGACGUAGUUGAAAACUACAAGAAGGCCAAGAUUCCACUGGAUGUUAUCUGGAACGAUGAUGAUCACAUGGAUGGGCACAAGGACUUCACCCUUAACCCCACCAAUUACCCCCGUCCAAAGCUCUUGGCAUUCUUGGAGAAAAUUCAUGCUCGGGGCAUGAAAUACAUCGUCAUAAUUGACCCUGGAAUUGGUGUUAACAAGAGCUAUGGUGUUUACCAAAGAGGCCUAGCGAAUGAUGUUUUCAUAAAGUAUGAAGGCAAGCCCUUCCUGGCCCAAGUCUGGCCAGGAGCUGUUAACUUCCCUGACUUUCUUAAUCCGAAAACCGUUGAGUGGUGGGGUGAUGAAAUACGGCGGUUCCACAAGCUUGUACCUGUUGAUGGUCUUUGGAUAGACAUGAAUGAAGCGUCCAACUUCUGCAACGGAUUGUGCACACUUCCGGAGGGCAGGAUUUGCCCUAAUGGAACUGGACCGGGCUGGAUUUGCUGCCUCGACUGCAAGAACAUAACGAAAACAAGAUGGGAUGAUCCACCCUACAAGAUAAAUGCUUCUGGAAUACAAGUUCCAAUAGGUUACAAAACCAUAGCAACCAGUGCAUACCACUAUAAUGGAGUAUUGGAGUAUGAUGCACACAGUCUUUAUGGUUUUUCACAAUCCGUUGCAACUCACAAGGCGCUUCAGGGGCUGGAGGGCAAGCGCCCCUUUAUACUAUCACGUUCCACUUAUGUUGGUUCAGGCCGAUACGCUGCACACUGGACAGGGGAUAACAAGGGAACAUGGAAAGAUUUGAAAUAUUCAAUCUCUACAAUGCUGAAUUUUGGAAUAUUUGGAGUUCCGAUGGUUGGUUCAGAUAUAUGCGGAUUCUAUCCAGCUCCCACCGAAGAACUUUGCAACAGAUGGAUUGAACUUGGUGCUUUCUACCCAUUUUCCAGGGAUCAUGCAAACUUCUAUUCUCCAAGGCAGGAGCUUUACCAGUGGAAAUCAGUGGCUGUGUCUGCUAGAAACGCUCUAGGAAUGAGGUACAAGCUUUUACCGUAUCUUUACACUCUGAACUACGAGGCACAUACUACUGGAGCACCAAUUGCUCGUCCCCUGUUCUUUACAUUCACGAAUGAGACUAAAUUGUAUGGACUGAGCACUCAAUUCCUGCUUGGGAGCAGUCUUAUGGUGUCUCCCGUGUUGACUAAGGGUAAAACUGAGGUCAAAGUUCUCUUCCCUCCUGGUAGCUGGUACAAUUUGUUUGACAUGACAAAGGUGAUUGUCUCAAAGGAAUCACAUUACCUCACAUGCGAUGCGCCUUUACACGUUAUCAACGUGCAUUUGUAUCAGAACGCGAUUAUACCCAUGCAGCAGGGUGGAUUGAUCUCUAAAGAAGCAAGAAAGACGCCCUUUACUCUAAUAGUCUCCUUCCCACUCGGUGCAACUACAGGAGAAGCUAAGGGGAAUCUCUUCCUAGACAACGAUGAACUUCCUGAGUUGAAACUUGGCAGCGGCUACGCAACAUACAUUGAUUUCUACGCAACAGUUAGUCAGGGGACGGUGAAGAUUUGGUCUGAUGUUCAAGAGAGUAAGUUCGCGUUAGAGAAGGGAUUGAUCGUCGAGAAGGUAACCGUACUUGGAUUAAAAGGUAUCGGAAGUGCAUUUGAGAUUGAAGUAGACGGAAAUGCAGUUGCAGAGACUUCCAAGGUUGAAAUCAGCUCAACAGAACACAAAUAUCCGGAGAAACUGGAAGAGGGUGGGGAUAAGAUGAAGAAUGUAAUGGUGGAGGUUAAAGGCCUGGAGUUGCCGGUGGGAAAGAAGUUUACCAUGUCCUGGAAAAUGGGAAUCAAGCCCUGAAUUCAUUGGCAUGUUGGUUAAAAAAUGUCCCUGUUUUUUCCUGUUGUAAUAGUGUUUAUGUUGGCAAUUUGAGUUGAAGAAUCACGAGUUUAAACGUGAAUCAAGGUUGUGAAUGGUGAGGAGAUGGCGUAAAAACUGUGUUCAUCCCUUUCCAUUCAAGUCACUUUCUUUUGUUAUUGAAUAUUCUACCAAAAUGUUUCAGAAAUUAAAUUU